UAUAGUAAUUUUAUUUUUAUUAUAUUUUAAUUAAUUUGUUGUUUAUAUUAUAAAUUGUGGUUUUGAAAAGUCUAAUUUAUUUAUUUAAAUAGAUGUUUAGGCACAUUGUUCUUGUCAAUGGACGAGUCAAAGUUGACUAUGACGAACGACGUAGGCGUCUAACAUGUCCUCAAGUUCGAGCUAUGUUGACUCGCUUCAAACGUGCACUCAUUCGUACCCGGUGCCCGAUUACUAUCCACAAAUGGAAGUAUAUCCCCCGCAAUGUGAAGCACGAGGAACAACUCUCGACCGAGUUCGAUAUUGGUUAUGGUGAACCGCAAACGUUUGACUAUAUUUAUGGGCUGCGGACGGCACAGUUCAAAGAGUGGAUGUUCAAGCUACGCAACUACUAUGCUGAUAAAGAAAGUCAUCAACGAGCUCUGAACAAUCCGCCAAAUGAAUUUCAGAAUAAGAGGGAGCAGUGGACGUGGCUAUGCGAAUUUUUUGACUAUUUUUAAUAUUUUUUUUUUGUUGGUAUUUUUCAAAGGAGAGUUACUU